GAAAUUUUAAUUGGAACUAAAAUACGUCUUUUUUAACACUCCUAUAAAACUAAUUCGGCACCGCGAUACUCGCUACUGUUAAUUUGUACACGUGCAAGCAAUCAUAUAAUAUUUAUGUGCAAUUAAUUAUUAUCGUUGAUUCUUUUAUAAUUUAGGUAUGAUUUGCGUAUCAAGAAACUUAAUAGGAGCUGCACUUUUACUUCUUGUCACCUCCUUCCUGCUCAUCGAUGCCAAUCCAAUCGGUGUUUGCAUCAGAAACUGCGCGCAGUGCAAGAAAAUGUUCGGACCAUACUUUGAAGGACAACUUUGUGCAGACGCCUGCGUUAAGUUCAAGGGCAAAAUUAUUCCGGACUGCGAGGAUAUCGCUUCGAUCGCUCCGUUUUUGAAUAAAUACGAAUAACCUACGCUUCUCCACAACCCAGAGGGAUGUUAACAAUGUUUUUCUAGUCAAUCACAUAUAUACACAGUAAAAAAUUCAAGGUUUAAAGUAAAAGUUACACCUCUCCAUAUACAGACCUAAUUAAAAACCAAGAAAAACCAAAUGUUUCCUAUCAAAAAUCAAAACACAAAAAGGAAAGAUUAUAGCAUUGCUUGUAACAUUUUUACUCUGUAAUUCAAUUAUAUUAAUUGUUUUGUUGGUAUACUUUUGUUCGUAGAUUUAGAUUAAUUUUUUUAAUUAUUAUAUAAAGUGUUUCUGAAAUUGAGCCUACUUUAGAAACACCAAUGUUUAC